AUGUCCAUCCCACUAUACUUGAAAAUCAAAGGGCUGGUAUCUGGUGAUCCAUGCUUUGCCGUCACCUCAGAAAAGUCUAUCGAGUUCAAUGACACCAAUUACGAUUUUGAACAGAUCUAUCAAUCGUCUGAAACUCAAUACCCAGAAUUAAUCAAUUCACACAAUUCAUGUAUUGUAUUAAUGGGACCAACCGGAGGAGGCAAGACAACAAUGAUGAAACAAUUGGUCAAUGCAAAGUUGAAAUCGUUUGAUGAUGAGCCAGUUUUCGUGUCAUCAUUUGAAAUCACCAAUAAUAAAUUUUUGAUUGACUUGUUAGAUAGUAACACUUCUAGUAAAAUUCCAUUCAGUUUGCUAAACAACUUUGAAAACAAAUUGAAGAGAAAAAAGGCUAGUGCUGAGCUCAUGAGGGAUGUUUUUAAACAAAGAUCGAUCAAGGCUACCGAAUUCAAUGCCAAUUCAUCCAGAUCUUGUCUUGUUAUUACAUUCUUUUACCACAAUUUUAGAACCACAUUUGUUGACUUGAUGGGUAAUGAAAAGAACUCCAGGUUUAGCUCAAACAUUUUUGCAAACGCAAAUGUGUCAUCCAUUACUCAACAAAUGAUAAACAAGCAGAAAGACGUUAGAUCUCAUAAUUUGGUGACCAAUUAUAUCUUUAAGAACAAGGAUUUGAAAGUGGUGCUUAACUUGGACCAAGAUGGUGAUGUGUCUUUGAUCAAGUCUACUCUAAUCAAUAUUGCUGACAUUGUCAAGACAUUCAAGUUGUCCACAGCCACUGUUGAGGAUAAAGGCAAAGUUAGAAGAACACCAAGCUAUACUUUACCCACCAUGUCGUCAAUUAGAGGUAGUCCUCGAAAAGUGAUGCAAAGAGCCAACCCAGCAAACUUGAAAUCUGCCCAGCCAGUAAGACCCCUCACACGUGCAACUGUGGAUAGAAAAUACACAGUCCGGAAACCACCUGUUCCCAUUAGGGGCCCGUCCAAAGACGCUCAAUUAAUCGAAGCUCUAAAGAAGGAACAAAUACUUUCCAAACAAAAGUAUGCUGACUCUAUUGCAGACAUCAAGACUGAAAUUGGUUAUUUCAAGCAAGAAACUAGCCAAAUGGUUAACACAUACCUAGACUUGAGAUCCAAAUUGGAUUUGCUUGCAAGGGUUAAUGAGGAGAAACAAGCGAUGAUAGUUGGAGCUCAAGAAGAGAAUGCCAGAAUAGUUGAGCAGUUGAGUCAAGUGGAGCAAAAAGUUGCUGCUUACGACCAAGCAAAGAUUCAACAGGAGGAGAAAACUGUUCAACUCGAAGCUGAACUUGCCAGUUUGGGACAGGAAUUGGUAACUAGCAGGUAUGCAGUGUCAGAACUCGAGCUGAUCAAAACAACCCUUGAGAAUAAGAUUGAGUUACUGAAAGAGGAAGAGCUCAAAUUAUUGGAUCGUAUUAGAGUGUUGAAUAUUGAGCUUGAUGACAAUAAAAAGCAGUUGGGAUGCUACGAUUUUGACAUGACAGAACUUCACAAGAAAAUUGACUCACAAAAUGACGCGAUAGUUGUAAAAGAGAUUGAGCUCAGUGAGUUGAGAAGCUCCAAGGAUGAACUUGCAAAGAAAAAUGAAGCUCUUGAGAGAGAAUUGGAUUCUUUGAAGUUGUCUUUGGAACAGGCCACCACCAGUAACAAUGAAACAUCAGGCGAAGUAAAAAGGUUGUCGUCAUUGAUUGUAGAGAAAGAUGCUGAAAUUGAGAGAUUGCAGGUGUUGGAGCAAAAAUUGUCUGAUUUGAAACAAGCACAUCAAAGUGAGAGUGAUUCAGCCUCAUCACAGUUGUCAAAUUUAAAGGCUGAUAUUUCAGCAAAACAAAUCAAAAUUGAUUACUUGCGCAACACUGAGACUACUCUCAACCAACAGGUGCAACAGUUGCAAGAGGAAAAGCAUGUAUUGGACACUAAGGUGCAGGAACUUACACUCUCCAACCAGGAAUUGCAAAAUCAAAUUGACUCAGCUGUUAACACAGGAAAAACUACUGAAUUAGAAGCAGAAAUACUGGAAACAAGGAAUCAAGUCAAUGCCUUAUCACAAGAGUUGGUCACAGAAACCUCCUUGAAUAGCCAAUUGAAAUCAGGUCUUGAAGAGGCAAUUGCCAAACAACAGGCUCUUCAAUCUGAACUUGCCAACACCAUAUCGAACUUAUCAAAGGAACUGAAUGAAAAGGAGGAUUUGACCAACAAGUUAGUUUCCAAGACUCAACAGUUGAAAACUAAAAUUGAAGCAAUUACUCAAUUGGAAAAGGCAGUUAAUGAUUCUAAAGAACAGUGUAAACAAUUGCAAGAUCGAUUCAACAAAAAACAGGAACAUUACAAAACUAAGAUUUCCGAUUUGAAAAAGUCUCAUGAGUUGGUCGUUGCUGAAAAGGAUGCCGAGAUCAAGAAAUUGAAAUCAUCUCCAACCAAACUUGGUUUAAGUGACGACUACAAUGGUCACUUGUUUAGUGAACGUUCCUCACCUUUUGGAUUCAAUCCUAAUGAUAUAUACAAUGACUCCGUGGUGGAGCCAUCCGUCAAUCUCAUUCAAGGUAACAAUAGCAACUUAUCUGUGAACAAGUCUGACCGCAAGCCUCCCGAGAAAAAGUCUCCAAAUAAAAAGUCUCAUAAAUCACCAGACAAGCAAAAAUCAAGAAGCACCACUCCAAACAAGCAAACUCCCACAAAGAACAUUUUACAACCAUCUCAUCAGUUCAAUUCUGUGCCACUUUCAUCAGGCAAAAUCAAGAAAAAGAGUGGCUCUAAUAAAUCGUCGCCUUUGAAAUCAAUUAAAGCUUAA